UUGUGACACAGGGGCCGUGCUGUGCCCAGAGGCCACCAUGACCUCUGGGAGAGGUUUGGGGCACAGAGCCCUGGUGUGCACUGCCCAAGGGCACCUUUCUCAGGAGGCAGCAGCUGCCUGAGAGCCUCUGCAGGAAAGCAUGACAGAGACACCCAAGGGGGAGAAGAUGGACUUCAAACAGCCGCAGGUGGACCAUGGGCAGCCACAGAACGAGAAGCGCUGCCCAAAAGCUCCUCCUGAGGCACAAAAGGCAGCAAAGGCAGCAGCCCAGGUCGAGCAGGUGUCCUCAGCAGGGGCACAGAGCCAUGUCCCACUCCUGCAGAGCCCCUGCUCUGCCCCAGGCCCCUCAUCUGCCCAGGGAGCAGCACAGACCCUCAGCAGGCAGCGAGCGCUGCUGGCAGCACCAGAGCUCAGGGAGGGGGCCUGGGCCAACGAGGAGGGAAAGAGGGAAGUCUUCCAUCCCCUGCAGCCAUGCCCAGGGGAAGACCACAUGGAACAAGAGCUCUCCCAAGGGGAAGUCAGUGGAAUCCUGAACCUGCCCCAAGGGGGAAACGACAGCAGAAACGACAGCAGCAAAACAUCACUGCAUGAAAACUGGAGACGCAUCACAAUCCAGACUAUCUGGGUCAACCCCAAGUACCCAGAGCUCUUCCAGGACACCCUCCAGGAGGAGACAAAGAAAGAAACUCCUUCCUCAGACGAGCAGGUGCCAGCAGCAGGGGCACAGAGCCCUGCCCCAGACAGCCCCUGCUGCUCUCCCUGUUCCUCACGGACCCAGCUGGCAGCCCAGACCCUCAGCAACCUGCAGAGUGUCCACAGGCUGCCCUCCAGCCCCAGGCAGGCUCUGCAGGCUCUGUGCAUCCUGCUCUGGUGCUCCUGCAUGGAGUUGCAGCUGAAUGAUUAGUGCCUGCUGCCACUCUAAUUCAAAUCAGCUCCCUUGGGACAGUUCAGUUGUCAAUAAAUAUUUUUAUAUUUUCAAAGA